AUGGACGGCCAUUCGAUCGCGACCAACACACUCUUGAUGCCCAACAUACCGGCUCUGUUCUUUGAGUACCCGGCAUCACUGGAUUUCCUUCGUUCGACUUUUGAGCAACAUGGCAGUCUUCAUGCGUUUAUUGCAAUGAAGGGGUUUCGCAGACUUAUGAUAAUAUACGACGAGACGUUAUGCGCCGUGAACGCGUUGGAAUCCCUUGAUAAAAAGACCUUGCUAUGGAAUCCUCCUUCUACCACAUCAAACACCAUUCAACUCUAUAUCAAAGAUGCUGAUGAACACGUGGAUAUUCCUGGCAUCGAUGGCAUGCAAAUACGACUUUAUUAUGGACAACACAAUCCAAUCAAUGUUGAUCCUGCAUUAUCACAAUUACAAGUACCAGAAAACAAAAAGAACUUUCUCAUUUCACCACCUGGUUCACCAUGCGAAAACUGGCAACAAACCGAGGAAUCGCCACCCAAUACAGCUGUGCUAGCUUCUGAUCUUACACAUGCCAUUGCAGAGUUAUCAGACGAUGAUUUGGAUGAUUUGGAUGACUUUCAACUUGAUCAACAUUCAGCAUCAUCGCAUGAUACACGCCCAUCCUCCACACUCAAGAUCAUCACGGCAUCCAACAAUGGCCAUGAAAAUGAAAAUGUACCCAUGAUUACUGUUCAAGAUUGCGAUGAUGAUCAGCCAUCUCCUCCACCAUCAGAGAAGAAACCACGUGCUGAUUUUCCCAAGGCUCGUGUGGUUCCUACACCUCGUCCCCCUAUAUUGAGCAUUCAAUAG